AUGGGAAAGAAGCAGGUGCGUCCUCCACGAGCCCUUCCACCUGUGCCAAGUGCUAUUCAAGGUGAUAUUCCCCUUAGUCGUCCUAAGAAAAAGAAGCCCAGAACAAAAAACACACUAGGUAGCACUUCUUCAGAAGGCCUUGUUCAGGCUCCUGUUCAUAAGCCAUCUGAGGGCAGUGAGCCACCAGCUAAAGAAUCCACAGAACAACCAAAAGAAGCUCCUGUUCCAAGGAGGCAGAGGAAGACGAGGCUACCUCUUGAAUUGGAGACUUCCUUUGCCCAAAAGAAGGCAUCCAAUGCAUCUUUAUUACGAAAUGAAAAUGGUAUUCAUAUGGAGCCAACUGAGGAGGUGGUUAUUCAGAAACCUCGAAGGAAGACAAAGAAAACCCAGCCAGCAGAAUUACAGUAUGCCAAUGAACUAGGAGUAGAAGAUGAAGACAUAAUUACUGAUGAGCAAAGCAGUCCAGAACAACAGUCUAGAUUCACUGUGCCCACUGGCAUUAGCCAGCCUGUAGGCAAAGUGUUUGUGGAAAAAAGCCGGAGAUUCCAGGCUGCUGAUCGUUCAGAGUUGAUAAAGACCACAGAAAACAUAGAGGUGUCAAUGGACGUGAAGCUUUCCUGGACUACCAGAGAUGUUGCACUCUCAGUGCACCGGGCUUUCAGGAUGAUUGGUCUCUUUUCCCAUGGCUUCUUGGCUGGCUGUGCUGUGUGGAAUAUUGUUUUCAUAUAUAUUCUGGCAGGAGAUCAGCUUUCUAACCUCUCAAACCUUCUGCAACAGUAUAAGACCUUAGCAUAUCCAUUCCAGAGUCUUCUCUACUUGCUUUUGGCUCUAAGUACAGUUUCAACUUUUGACAGGAUCGACUUUGCUAAAACAUCAGUAGCAAUCCGAAAUUUUCUUGCCCUGGAUCCUACAGCUUUAGCAUCUUUCUUGUACUUUACUGCUCUUAUAUUAUCUCUGAGUCAGCAAAUGACAAGUGACAGAAUUCACCUUUACACACCUUCUUCUGUUAAUGGUAGCCUCUGGGCAGCAGGAGUUGAGGAACAGGUUCUCCAGCCAUGGAUUGUAGUGAAUCUGGUGGUGGCCCUUCUGGUUGGACUAUCAUGGCUUUUUUUGUCUUACAGGCCAGGCAUGGAUCUUAGUGAAGAGUUGAUGUUCUCCUCUGAUGUGGAAGAAUAUCCUGAAAAAGAUAAAGGACUCAAAGCUUCUUCAUGA